AUGUUUUCAAGGGCUGUUCUGCGGAAUGUCCGCGAAUUGCGGGCAAUCUCAUCGAUUCCGACCAGUUCAUCGCUCCUUUCUACCAGCAAUCGGUGCUUACACCAAGCUACAACAGGCGCUCAAUUCAAAGCUACACAAACCGAAAUACCCCCUCAGGAUCAAAUACAAACCCCUGAGCGAUUUUCUCAUCUUCCGCCCAGCUCUGUCCCCGAAGUGGUUUCUACCUCGAUCCCGUCUGCGAAACCACCUGUACCGCCUACAUUCAGCAGUCCUCUAGAACUCACACCCGCAAUCACGACCCUUCUUCCAGACCUUGCUUCUCAACCUUCACAUUAUAUAACUGCUCACCUGCACGCGAGGCCCUACCUACUCACAGCGGGUGAUACCCUUCGGCUGCCUUUCCGCAUGCCAAAUGUCCAGGCAGGGGACGUCCUACGUUUAAAUCGAGCAUCGAAUAUAGGCUCGCGAGACUUUACGCUUAAAGGCGCACCUUAUCUCGAUGAAAGACUUUUCGAAUGCAGAGUUCGCGUAUUGGGAGUGGAAGCCGAGCCCAUACGGAUCAAGGAGAAGACUAAGAGGAGACAGAGACAUGUACGACGGGUCAAGAGCAAACACAAAUACACAAUAUUGAAGGUGGUGGAUGUCAAAGUUAAGCAGCUCGAUGAACUGCUUGCAGAAGGUGCUAAGAUAGUGGAAAAAUGA